AUGGAUAUCGGUUCUGACUCAAAACAUGACUUACAUAAAUCAUAUUGUGCAGGGAAGAUGAUGCUUCAAGGAUCAGUUAGCUUUAAUGGCCGGGAGUUGGAGACUAUGCUUUCUUUCAGAUCUCCUACAGCAGAUACGGAAAAUGACUUAUUUGUUAAACCAAAUAGGGACACUUAUGAUCAUUUGUCAAGAUCAUAUAGUAACUUGUCCGACAUAAACUUCUAUUCGCCAUUGCCGGAGCCAAGGAGACAAAGAGACCAAGCUGCAUUGACAUUGCAGAAAGUCUACAAAAGUUUCCGAACAAGGAGGCAACUUGCAGAUUGUGCAGUUCUUGCAGAGCAGAGAUGGUGGAAGGCUUUGGAUUUUGCUGAACUUAAACGCAGUUCUAUAUCAUUUUUUGACAUUGAGAAACCAGAGACUGCUGUUUCCCGUUGGUCAAGGGCGAGAACUAGAGCUGCUAAGGUUGGAAAGGGUCUAUCUAAGGAUAGGAAGGCUCGUAAACUUGCUUUGCAGCACUGGUUAGAGGCAAUUGACCCUCGGCAUCGCUAUGGCCAUAAUCUUCAAUUUUAUUAUGUCAAAUGGCUCCACUGUGACAGCAAUCAACCUUUCUUCUAUUGGCUUGAUAUUGGGGAAGGCAAGGAAGUCAGUCCUGAGAGAUGUCCUAGAUCAAAGCUUCAGCAGCAAUGCAUCAAGUAUCUGGGUCCAGAGGAAAGAAAGGCUUAUGAAGUAGUUAUUGAGAAUGGGAGACUCUUCUACAAGCAGAGUGGGAAACCUGUUGAAACAACAAGUGAUGCUAAGUGGAUUUUUGUACUUAGCACAUCCAAGACUUUUUAUGUUGGGCAGAAGAACAAGGGAACAUUUCAACAUUCAAGCUUCCUGGCAGGUGGAGCCACAUUGUCUGCUGGUAGAUUAGUGGUGGAGGAUGGUUUUCUUAAGGCAGUUUGGCCUCACAGUGGGCAUUAUCUCCCAACAGAAGAAAAUUUCCAGGAAUUCGUGUCAUUCCUUCAGGAGAAUAAUGUAGAUCUUACAGAUGUAAAGAAAAACCCUGAUGAAGAAGAAGACAUUGACAAAAUGAGCAAGCAUCUUCCCCUCCGAGGCAAUUCUUCAGAGGCCAAGUUACAGCCAAACGUUGAAACUGAAAGUUCAAGCACAUUAGCCCAAGAGCUACCUGACUUGAGAAAUGAGGAUUCUGAUGCUGAUGCAAACUCCCAACCACCCUUGUCAAGAUUGUCCAGAAGACUAGGGUCAAAAAUAGCUAGACUUGAAAUACCAAAAAGAGACAGUGUGUUGGACAUUUUUGGAGAGCAAGUACAUCCUCCAAAUUGCCCAUCCCCAGAUGAAAUUUCAGAAAGUGGUUAUGAGACAGCAGAAGAAUCAUUUAUUGAUGAGCAGGAUUUCAUGGUUUCCAAAUCAAACUUGUUUGUUGAAGAUAAAGGCGAAGAAGAUGAAAAUCCUAUUCCAAAAGAAAAAAUAAUGAAGAGGAUAGAUUCACACAAAGGAAUGAAAUCAUAUCAGUUGGCCUAUCACCUGAGUACCAAAUGGACAACAGGUGCUGGUCCUAGAAUUGGUUGCAUGAGGGACUACCCUGCAGAGCUUCAGCUUUUAAUUCUGGAGCAGCAAAAUUUGUCUCCAAGAACAAGAACAGCAGCUCCAUCACCCCAUAUCCCACCAUUGUCUCGCUUCAGCCCACAUGUUCCUUUUCCAAUUCCUUUAGCUGAUUCUCAAACCCUUUCAUAA